UUUAGUCUUUAUAAGUCAUUAGAUGUUCACAUUCCAGCCAGGAGGACGUAGGAUACCCAGAACGAUGAUGGAAGCAAAUGUCCCAGUUGUUCCACACUGGUUGUGUAGACUGUCGUAUGGUGACUCUCUUACCAAUAACAUGUUCUGCGGUGGACACUUCCUUAUUGGAGGUGUAUCUUCUUGUCAGGGUGAUUCCGGCGGUCCAGCAGUGUUCAGAGGAACGGCAUUCGGUAUAGUAUCGUUCGCAAGAGGAUGCGCGCUCCCGCUGUCGCCAACUGUUUUCAGCAACGUCGCGGCGCUGCGGGACUGGGUCACACAGAACACUGGAGUGUAGCCAUUCUAAAAUGAACCUUGAACUGAAGUCAGAGAGCUUAGAAUCGUUUACGAGCCUGUGCUAUAAAUAAAGAAUUAAUAUUUGAGCUCACGCCCGUUCUGUUUAUCGACUGUUUUUAUUUAUUUUGUUACAUUUUAAAAUAAAUCUUACGUAAUAA